UUCUUUGAUCACUUUUUCCCUGUGCUUGGUUCUUGCUUUGGAUUUGGUGUACUCGGUAUCUUUUUUUCUUUCUGUUGUUUCGUACACAGCGCUGAUUUCUCUAAUAUUGGAGCUGCAGUCCUCUCGCAGCAUGUGGAUGGCGUUAACAUAGUCUCCCUUUUCGUCCUCAGCUGUAUGAACAUGCUCCUUGGCCUGAUCUUCCGGGGUUCCGCCAAGUGCAGAUGUUAA